CUGGGGAGGAGGCCGGGGCUUGAGAGUUUCUUCUCUUCCCAAGUCCCCGCCCUUCGUGUCAGAGCCCGGAAGUGCGCUGGGGUGGAGCGGAUUGGUUGUGAGGGGAGAGUGUGAGCAAGGGACAGAGGCAGCCAGAAAAGAAGUGGAGACAGUGAGGGAUUCGGUGACGUAGUCUCGUUGCACUGUCCGAAUAGUGGCCCGGCAUGGAGCGCAGGGUGUUCGGCUCGUUCCCUGGUUACCUACCCCGGGAAGAAAGCGGCCGCCCACGGGAUGGAGUCGACAGUGACUUUCAGGACUUCUCUACUUUUUUGCCUGGUCACACCCAACUGAGUGAGAGGGUCUGUAAGCGUUUGUACUAUGGCUGGGAGGAUGAUUGCUCCAUGGAAAACUUAUCUAGCCCAGUGACUGAUAUUGCAGUAGAAUUACUUCAGAAGGCUGCCCCAAGUCCUAUUCGCCGCUUGCAUAAAAAAUAUGCUGCACGUGUGUCCAGGGAAGCCUGCAUUUCUCCUUGCUCCAUGAUGCUGGCCUUGAUUUAUAUUGAAAGAAUUCAUAACCGGAACCCUGAAUACCUGCAGCAAAUCUCCUCUUCUGAUCUCUUUCUCAUAUCCAUGAUGGUAGCCAACAAGUACCUGUACGAUGAAGGCGAGGAAGAGGAGGUGUUUAAUGAUGAGUGGGGAGCAGCUGGGAGAAUCGAUGUACAGUUUGUCAACUCCUUGGAGAUGAACUUCCUUCAGGCUAUUGACUGGAGUCUGUAUACACAUCCCAGGGAAUUCUUUGAAGUGCUCAGAUGGCUGGAAGGAAGGGUGGCAGAGCAACAGGGUAUGAAGAGGGGAUGGUUCACCUACACAGACUUUUGUGUUCUACUCGAGCAAGGAUUGUGGCAGAAAGUGUUCAGUGAUUUCUGCCAGCAAGUAGCAAAGCUGGCUUGUAUCUUGGGCCUGAUGUACCUUACUGGUGUUGCCACCUUGUUUGCUUCCAUUGCUGUGUUCCACAAGGCCACAUGGGAAAUCAACAGUACAGUACUGGUUCCUUCUGUUUCUGAUCAAAGCUCAGGAGAACAAACCCAGCAUCCACUGCUCGUGCCACCUCCUCUUUCAUUGGAAGAGAUUAUCCCACCUCCUGAUUUAGUUUCAUCAUGGUCUGUGAAAGAGGAGUCACUGGAGAAAAGAUCUGGUGUAACAGCCACUGCCUUGUACUUGUGGGGUUCUGUGUUAACAGCAUUCACUUACAGCGAUACAGGAGGUGCUAAUAAUAAGGAAUCCCGACCCCCAGACCAGAUUUGUCCUUUCCGUUAUAAACCAAGGGUAUCCACUUCCCGUCACACCGGUUACCAGCAAAAUUACACUAGCUGUCAUUCUAAUUAUCAAACUCUUGAUGCCUUACCUGGACUCUUUCGUUAUGGUUUUCCACGCGCAUUGUUCUGUCGGAGCUACCAAACCUCACACUCCAAGGAAAUCCCGGACCCAUUCCUAUCACGUAGCCCUUUUCCUGAGACUGACUUGGCGUAUCACAAACAGAACCAGCACUUCUGCGCCACUGAAUUCUUAAGGAUAAAUCUUUUAUAGUUUCUGGCUAGCAAAAAUGGGACUCAUGAGGACAUCAAGACAGAAAUGAAACACACACACACACACACCCAGCCAACUAUUUGAAAGCCGAAACUAUAAAUA